GCAUAAAUUCAAUCCGGGGUGUUGAAAUUGGUCCAGAGGAGUGAAGAGACAGAGGAAAAAAUUAUUUAAAUAUUGUAACAAGAUAAAUUGGCAGUUGACGAAGGGCUACCUUGUAUUACACUACUCAUUUUAUUUUCAAAUAUUACGUUGUAAAAAUAGUGUUACAUAUUAAUAUUUUUUAUAUUUUAUUUUUUAAAUAAAUAUUUAAUUGUUGUUGUUGUUAGCUUUGUGGUAGGUUAUUUUUUAUAAAAGUUUUAUCAAAAUGAGGCAAAUUGCCUCUUUUGCAUUUUACAUUGCGUUGUUUGUGAUUUUACAAAUUAUCUUGGCUGACAAUAGAACAAAAUCAAAACGUAGUAUUGACUUUAAUGAUGUCCUGAAAUUACCAGCAUAUCGUAUGCCAAGAGAUUUGAAGCCUUUGAAUUAUCAAUUGGAAAUUCGUCCAUCAACAAAAGAUGCAAUAUUCAAAGCUCGAGUUAAAAUUGAUGCAUUAUGGUCUAUUGAAGGUUCAAGAAUUAAACUCGAUGCACAUUCUGAUCUGCAUAUUACUGAAGUUGAUAUAAAAUGUUUAACUAACAACACAGAUACAUGGGAAAAUGCAACAAUUGCUGGUCUUGAACAUAAUACUAAAAAAUCAGAAUAUAAUAUUGACUUGCAACAAUGGUAUACAGUUGGAAGAAAAUGUCAAUUAAAUAUUAAUUUUACUGGUAAUAUAAGUACCAGUGAAACAUCAGGAAUUUUUAUGAAUUCAUAUUUGGAUACCCUGGUGCAAGCACACGUGUUUGUUGCAACACAUUUAAGACUCAAUAAUGCAAGAAAAUUAUUUCCUUGUAUUGAUGAACCUGAGUACAAAGCAACAUUUGAUUUAUCGAUAAUCAGACCAAGAACAAUGAUUGCCAGAGCAAAUACACCAAUUAAAAUAACAACUGAUGUACCAAAUGAUCCCAACUACUUGAUGGAUAUAUUUGAAAAAACACCGGAAAUGUCGACGUAUCAAUUGGCCUUCAUGAUAUCCGACUUUGAGAGUUUAUCACCAACAAGAACAGUUAAUCGUAUUGAAGGUCGUAAUCCAUUGGAUAUUAAAGUAUGGGGGAGAAAAGAAUAUUUAACAACAUUAUCAAAAGUACCAAAUAAAAUUGUAACAAUUAUUAAUUAUUUACAAAAUUAUUUUAAUAUAUCAAUUGGUAUAUCGAAAAUUGAUCUUGUUGCAAUGCCAAUGUAUACUGCAACAAAAGCAUCUGAUAAUUGGGGCCUAAUGUUUUUCAGGGAAAGUGAACUUAGUAGUCCACUUGUUUGGAACACAGCCUACGAGUUGAUUUAUCAAUGGAUUGGACAAAGAGUUACACCAUUUAGAUGGAGUGAUGCUCAAGUUAACAAAGCUCUUAAUUCAUUUUUGGCAUCAAAAACAACUGUUGAUAUUGAUCCAAAUGAAAUGGAGGGUAAAUGGCCAAUGACACUUUUGUAUUCUCUUUAUUAUGAAUUUGGAAAAACAUUUCCAUUUUCAAGAGUUGCUGGAAUUAGACACGAGGCUGCAUCAGCAAAAACUGAGCUGAUAUUUCGUAUGUUCAAUUACACAAUGAGCGAGGAAUUAUUUAGAAAAGGUGUUCAAAAACUUCUUCAUGAAUCAGCAACAAACCGAAGUUUUUAUGCAAAUGACAUAUUUAUGCAUCUUGACACAGUGAGAUUAGAAAAUAAUUUGACAUUACCGAGUGAUCUGACAAUCAGUAAUAUUGCAGCACCUUGGAUUAAUCGUGAUCGUGUGCCACUCGUAACGGUAACGCGUAAUUACGAAACCGGAAACAUAAAUUUUACACAGAAUGUUUAUCUUCGUGAACCAGCACCACCUUCCAAUGAAAAAAUGUCAUAUUCUUGGGAUAUUCCAAUUGUCAUGAUAUCAGAAAAUACUUUAAAUUUGACCCAGCUAUAUCCAACUUUUUGGAUGACAAAAUCUGAUUUAUUUGUAACUAUUGAAACUGAUAUUGAUAAUAAUGAAUUUAUUAUUGUUAAUCCUGAAGAAAUUGGUAUGUUUCCGGUAAAUUAUGACAUGUGUAAUUGGGCAAUGAUUAGUGAAUUUUUACAAGGACCAAAACGUGAAUCGAUACCAGUAUUAACACGUGCAAAAUUACUUCACGAUGCAUGGAACAUGGCAUACGCUGGAAAUUUUUGUUUCGACAUUGCUUUGAAUAUGACAUUAUUUUUAAAAAAUGAAACAAGCCAUGUUGUUUGGGAGCCAUUUUUUACAAUGAUUGAUCAUGUUGGAAGAAGAAUACAAGGUUCUGGAAGUGUAUCAGCAAAAUUCGAAGCAUAUGUAUUUAGUCUUCUUGAGCCACUGUAUAAAAAUCAACUUGGUGAAGUACCACAAAUAAAUGAACCUUCAUGGAAAAUUCAUAUGCGUGGUUUAGUUAAAAACUUUUUAUGUCGUGCUGGUUAUCUUCCUUGUGUCAAAGAAGCAGAGGAACAAUACAGAAAAUGGAUGAAAGAUGAUGAACCUGAUGAAGGAAAUCCAGUGGCAAAUGAAUUUAUUUGUCCAGUAUUUCGAUGGGGAACAAUGGAAGAAUGGGAAUUUGGUCUUCAACGUGUUAUUAAUUUUCCUCAAAAAACACUUGAAAGAAAACAAAGUGAAAGAACAUAUUUAUUAAAAACACUUGCUGGUUGUCCAGUUGAUAAAAUAAAAAUUGAAAAAUUAUUAAAUAUAACAAUAUUAAGUCAAAAUACAAAUUUUACUGAUUCAGAUAUACAUUUAGUAUACAGUACAUUGACUGGUAGUGCUGCUGGUUAUUCAACAUUAUUUGAUUUUCUUGUUGAUAAUUGGGAUACAGUUAAACAAAAAUUUGAAAAUAAAAAACAUUUAUGGAAUGGUAUUGUUAAUUCAGCAACAUCAUCAUUUAGUACACAAGAAGGAUAUGAUAUGGUAUCAGAAUUAUAUGCAAAUAAACAAGGUGAAUUUGAUUCAGCUGAUUCACUUAUGGAAAAAGUACUUGAUGAUAUUGAUCAAGAAUCAAAAUGGAGUGAAAAAAAUAUACCAGUUAUUGAUUCAUGGUUACAAAAAAAUGUUAAAAUUAAACCAACAAUGCUUAUGUCAUUUUCUCGACAAAUAACAACUGUUAAACCAAUUAUUUAAUCAAAAAUAAUUUAACUAAAACAAACAAAAAAAAAAACAUAAUUAUUAAUCAAUUGUAUUUUUAUUAUUCAUAUAUUAAAAUGAAUAAUUUAUAUAAUUUUCUAUAUUUAUUUUUAACACACAGAAACACACACAGUUUAAAGAAAUAAAAAUGUAAAAUUUAACUGUGUAAAUUUUUUCUAGUAAUAUUUAUUGCAAAAAAAAAAAUCUAAAACUUGAUAAUUUAUUCAUCAAAAAUAUUUAUUUAUAUUUAUUGGAUAAAUUUAAAUUGCACAUGAUAAAUUUAUAGUUGAUAUAUUUUUUUUUUAAAAUAAUAAAUCAAUUGAGUUCUUUUUUGAGAAUUGAUAAUUUUGUAAGAGCAAGAUCACGCCAUGCUCGACGUUCUUGAAGUUUAUCAAGUGGACAAAUUUCUUCAAGUUGUUUUGAUAUUUCAUCAGCUGGUGGUCCAACAAAUUUUGGUGUUGGUCCAAAUGUUUCACUGACAUCAUAAAUUGAUUUAUUAUAUGUCUCGCAAUAUUUUUUCAUACCUAAAAAAAAUAUAUUGACAAUUAUUUUAAUAAUAUUUGUUCUUAUAUGAUUAAUGUACCUUCAGCAUUUAAAUGAGCUGCUUCAAAAGCACCAAGAAAAGCGUAACGCAUGCCAAGCCCUUCACUCAUAACAGUAUCAACGUCUUUGACACUUAAAACACCAUCAGUUACAAGUCUCCAAGCUUCAUUUAAAAUUGCAUAUCUAAAAAAAUAUAAUUUAUAUUUUUUAACAUAUUUAAUUACUGAUUAGGCUAAAUAAUAAUAAAUAAUUUAAUACUGUAAACGAUUAAGAGCAAAUCCAUCAAUUUCACGAGAAAAAACAACUGGACUUUGUCCAAUUUCUGUCAUAAUUUCUUUAGUUUUUGCUGAUAUCUCUGGCUUUGUCCAUGGGCUUGGUACAAUUUCAACAAGUGGUACAUAAUAAGGAGGAUUCACCUGAAAUUAAAUUCAUCUUAUAAGUUAUAAUAUAAAAUUUUAUUCAUCAUUGAAAAAAUCAUUUAUAGAUAUCUUAUCAUCUUGGCUUUUCAAUGCUGAACUACUUGCUUAUCUUGGACUAUAUUUUUAUCAAUAAAGAACAGAUAAAACUUACUGGAUGUGAAACGAUAACUUGUGAACGAUGCUUUAGACUUUCUGAGAAUAAUGAUGGCUUGAAUGUUGAAGUUGAUGAUGAUAUAAUUGUUUUAUCAUCAACAUAUUUAUCAAUUUCCGCAUAAAGUUUUUUUUUUAAAUCCAAAUUUUCCGGUAUACAUUCUUGUAUUAAUUUUGCAUUU